CUAGCUGGUAGUGGAAAAAGCGAUCAGACAAUGUCGGACUCAUCUUCCCCGCCGCCAUCGCCGACGAGGAGCAUAAGCGAUGCUAAACGUGUUGAAGACGACGUCUUGACUGGACCAUCAACCGAAGACGAGAUUUCCAGCGAUGUAUCAGAUGCAGAAAAAGACACUAUCGUCGUUGAACCACUCGAUGACCAAGACAAUGAGGCUUUCAAACUUCGAGCGUAUCAAGAUGAGAUGCUGGCAGAGAGCCUGAAGCAAAAUACCAUCAUCGUGCUAAACACUGGCGCUGGUAAAACACACAUGACAAGAGCUGAGUUGGAACUGGAACAUUCAGACAAACUUGUCUGGUUUCUUGCACCUACAGUCGCCCUUUGUCACCAGCACCACAAAUCAAUCACAACGAAUUUGCCGGCAUAUCAAACAAGACUUCUUACCAGCGAAGAUGGCGUCGACAGAUGGACUGAUCAAACAGUCUGGAAUGGCGUGCUCAAGGAUAUGAAUGUAGUUGUCAGCACGUAUGGUGUCCUCUAUGAUGCCCUAUGCCACGGAUUCGUUGCGAUGCGGAGGCUUUCGCUGUGUGUGUUUGACGAAGCACAUCAUUGCACCAAAAGCNAUGCUUCCAACAUGAUCAUGCAGCAAUUCUAUCGACCAGCCAAGACUGCUGGACGGCAAGUGCCUCGGAUCCUUGGUCUGAGUGCUAGUCCAGUGAUGAAUGCAAAAGCUGGAGGUCUGGAGGUACUCGAAGCGAACAUGGACAGUCAUGCGAUCACACCGCGCCUACACAGAUCGGAGUUGAUGCAGUACGUGCAUAUUCCGGAGCUCUUGAAACGAACUUUCGAAAGCAAGGAGGCCCAUGACACACCAAACUCGUUGCGAGAAGCCCUGACUACUGCCAUAUACAACUACAAGAUACGCGAAGACCCAUACCUCGUCGAGAUCGUCCAAAAUGGCGGGCCCGAUGUAAAAGCCAAAGUGGACGAGAUCCUCAUGUCACGAAAGACUUAUUGUACAGAUCAGCUGAGAGCGCUUAGAAAGCGUGCAGAGGUCAUUGCUAGAGACAUCAGUCCAUCUGCAGCAGAAACAUAUAUCCAGGCUUGUCGUGACAAAUUCCUUGCAGGCGUCCAGCAGAACGAUGUUUCAUGGAUGCCGGACCUUUCAGACAAGGAGAAGAGUCACCUUGCAAAACUUCUAACAGAUUUGCGUGUGGAUCCGAUUUACUUGGAGACGACUGUGAGUCCUAAGCUUCAACUACUUUUGGACAUCUUGAGAGAAGAGUCUGGACUAUCUUUCACUGGUAUCGUUUUUGUAGAACAAAGGGCUGUUGUGGCUGCUCUGGCAGAGUAUCUGACUUCUACCCCGGAGAUGUCGCAACUGUUCAACAUUGGCACCUUUGUGGGAGGCUCCAACUCAUCCAAGAAGAAAUCAAACAUUGGCGACAUCAACGACCUCAAAGCACAGCAACAAACACUCGACGACUUCAGGAUAGGAAAGAAGAAUUUGAUUAUUGCGUCAAGUGUGCUUGAGGAAGGCAUAGACAUAUCUUCGUGUCAAACGGUCAUCUGUUUUGAUGCUCCUCUGAACCUAGUAUCCUUCGUUCAAAGACGAGGCAGAGCAAGGAAGAGAAAUUCAAAGUACAUCAUCAUGCUGGCUGACGAUGACGAUAAGGGCGAGCCAGCCAAGUGGCACCAAUUGGGAGACCGGAUGAAAGCGGCAUACGAGGACAAAUACAGAAACGCCCAGCUGGCAGCUCAACUAGAGCAAACCCACGAAUCCGAAGACAGGAAAUAUGGAGUGCUGAGUACGGGUGCUCUACUCACUCUUGACAACGCAAAGUCACAUCUCAAUCAUUUCUGCGCUACCCUUCAAACUGCCAAUCACGUCGAUCAUCGACCUGUAUUUGAGUGUCGGACAGACGCAGAAACCCUGGUUACAGCAAAAGUGCUUCUGCCUUCUUCUGUAAACAAGAAGUAUCGGGCAGCCGUCAGCGCACACAGCUGGAAGACUGAACGUGCAGCGAUGAAAGAUGCAGCGUUUCAGGCUUGUGUAGCAUUACACCGUGGUGGUCUGCUCAACGACCAUUUGCUUCCCCCCCACAUCCAGAUGCCAGAUCAAGCGCGUCAGAACCGACCUGGUCUCACCAAAGUUGCGACGAAGGUUGAUCCUUGGGCAGUAGACACGUCACACUCUUGGUUCAGACACGUUGUUGAGCUUGAAAUAGAGGGAAGGUCUAACAUCUUGAUGGCAAUGUUUCUGCCUGUUGAGUGCCCAGACAUUCAAGACAUCGCCAUCCAUUGGAGCAUGUGGAUCAGAGGUGUCGCAAAAAUCGGAGCUGGUCAGCCGUGCACACUGACUGAGGAGGAAGCCAAUCAAAAGCAAAAAGAUACCGAAACCAUGCUUCUUUCUGUGCUCUCACCUGCCAAUGUCGAAAACGUAAGAGGCAGGUAUGCAGCAAUGUUCGAACCCUUGGAUAGACCGUCCAUGGGCCCACUGAGCAGAACGAGUCGACCAGCAACUGAAAUCUUCUCUACCGUGCAACCAGAAGCAGAUGUGGGUCUCGUACAACUCAACGGACAGCUAGGAAGAAGUUACGUUUUCCAAAGCAUACAAGGUCAAAACCAGCAAAUCUUGGAAGUCACAAAUUUCCCAAAGAAACGCGACUUCCUCACUCGACCUUCCGAGGAAUCAAAGAAGAAUCAAAUUACUCGAGAGACACUGGCAACGGCACAAUGCACUAUCAAUGUCCUUCCAGCGAGAUAUUCAUGCUUCGCUGCUUGCAUUCCUUCAAUCCUGCAUAAAGUCGAAACGGCCAUCCUCGCUGCUCGUCUGCAGAAUACUCUUCUCAAGCCUGUCGGCAUCAAAAAUCUGCAACUCAUCAUCGAAGCCACCACAUCGGGUGCUGCAGACUUUACUGCCAGUUAUGAAAGAUUGGAAUACCUUGGCGACGCAGUGUUGAAGUAUUGCACCCAUGUCCAACUGGCAGCCCAACACCCGGAAUGGCCAGAAAGCUACCUGACGGCUGAGAAAGGAAGGACGAAUGGCAAUGCAUCACUUUUUUGUGCGGCUCUGAGCAGUGGCGUGGACAGAUUCAUCUCAACAACCAGAUUUACAGGAAACCAUUGGAACCCGCCAAUACUCUGCACAGAUCAAGAAAGUAAAAACGACAAGAACGUGGACAGGAGUACCAGAACACUCGCAGAUGUCGUGGAAGCAUUGAUCGGUGCUUCGUUCAUGGAUCAAGGUCUUGAGGGAGCAUUAGCCUGCAUCCGCAUUUUUCUGCCUAAUGAACAGUGGUUAGACCAUAAAAGCUGUCUAUCCGCCCUGAUCGCCCAGACACCUUCUCUAUCCAGUACUCCACCUUUUCUCGAUACCGUCGAAACACUCAUCGACUACAAAUUCACCAACCCCUCGUUGCUGUUGGAAGCGCUGACUCACUCCUCCUUUUCCUCGCCCGAAGCCCUCUCCUAUGAAAGACUAGAAUUUCUCGGCGACGCAAUACUAGACCAACUCCUGGUGCCCACCAUCUUCUCUGCAACACCCGCACUCAAGAACCACGAAAUGCACAGAAUGAGACAAGCACUAGCAAACGCACACAUCCUAGGAAUCUGCUGUUUGGAACUGUCACUCGCCUCUCCACGCCUAGAACCCUCAACAAACGAAACCGGAGAGUUGAUGUUACAGGAAUCAGUGCACCUACAUCACNCCCACGAUUUUUUGCGCUGUGGAGUCAGUAUCCAGAACCAACGCAAAGCAGCUUUGGACAGAUAUACCCUUCUACGCACCACCAUCCUCGAGCAACUAGAAACCAGCCACGAGUACCCAUGGCCAGAUAUGCUGCGUCUCAGCCUCCACAAAUCUUGCAAAUGGUUGUCAGAUAUCCUCGAGUCAGUCUUAGGUGCCAUCUACAUUGAUUCCUCUGGCUCCCUCACCACUUGCCGCGCCUUCAUCGAAAAAUUAGGUUUAUUCAAAUUGUUGGAUAGAUUUUUGGACGAGGGCGUGCAAGUCGGAUUUCCGAGGGAGAGAUUGGGGUUGAUGGCUAAUGAAAAGGAUGUGGAGUAUCGAGCGAGCAGUGAGGGAGAUGGACGAUGGGAGUGUACGAUUUUUGUGGGGAAGAGGGAGGUUGCGGAUGUUAGGGGGUGUGUUAGUAGGGAAGAGGCGGAGGUUAGAGGUGCGGCUACUGCUGUCAGGGUCUUGCAAGAGGAGAUUAUUAGGGGUAUGGAGAGUGUUGGCAUUGAUGGUGGUGAGGAUCAGGAGAUGGUGGAUGCGUGA